AUGGGGGACAAGGCGGCACAUGCGGAGUACGAGCUGCGGAACAAUGUGCUUCUCAAGGCGAUCCGGCCUGGUGGACUUCUCUACGAUUAUGUUGAAAAUGGUCCGGUGGAGGUGCUGUGUGCCCCACAGCAGUCCUUCUUGGAGUCAAGUGGUAUUGCAUUGUACCUGCGUCUCCCGCCACCUCCCUCUGGCAACUCAACUACCAUUACCGCAACACUCACCGUGGGCGAGCAAGACGUGGUUUUGACACCAGAGCAGCAUCAGAAAAUAGCGCGCAUCACUCGUGAAGCAUUCCUUGAUUAUCAUCUUAUGCACUUUGAUAGUGUUGCCUCCCCCGCCUUUGUGACGAUUCGGGGGCAGCGCGGGGAGUUUUCUGUGGAUCUGCAGAGUGUCGCGCGCUACGGACGCAUUGGAGCUUCCGAAGUGAUUUGUGAUAUGAGUCCUUUUCUUGAGCCCAACGACACCUCUGUUACCGAGUUCCAUCCGUGUAAAUUACACAUUUUUGUGAUUGCCAAGGCGCUAAUGGAUGAGGAGGAACUGCAUAAUACGCUUUCAGAUUUGCAACGGGCUCUGCUUCCAAAGGAGCGGACUGUGAUGGUGCGGCUUCAGGGCGAUCAGACGCGCUGCGUGGAAGGUGCCACGGAGCCGAGACAUUUGAAGGAUCACUUUUCUCGAGAGGCCAUUUCCAACUAUCGCCGUGCCGUGGCGAAGGAUAAUGAUGUAUGCUUCAAGGAGUUUCAGGAUCUUAUGCGACUUCCUGCGUGUGCACCGGUUGCCAAAACGAUUUCUAACUUUGUGGAAACCAUCCAGCAACGAGAGGCGCCACUCUUUGACAAUGCCGAUCUAAAGAGGGCAACUUCGUUUUGUUUAGAUCAAUGCAAAAGGAUACCUCUUUUUGAAAAAGAUGCAUCAAAGCUUCAUAUUGCGGCAGAAGGCUUUGAAACCUAUAUAAUGUCGAAACUCUACUGGCGUGCCUUUGACGUGCAUCCUGAGGAACGGGAGCGCAACAAGGAGUUACAGGAUAAAUUACUUCACUUGUCUCCGCUUGUGAAGGCUGAGCAACUGGACGCAUUGGAGGAGGUCGAGAAACAUCCUCUGUGGGAUCAGGCCAUGUUUGAGCUGGAAGGCAUGAAUAUUUUUAAAACGCCUCGUGAGAAAUUGUGUUGUGCCGUUCGAGCUUGUGGUGGACUCACAAAGGCAGUUUCCUCCGCUCUCAUGCAUAAAGGAAAAGGCGUUGACAGGACCAGCAAUAGUACAGGCAGUGAGGUGAAUUCCGUCGCAUGUGGGGCUGAUGAAUUUCUUCCGUGUUUUAUGCUGCUAGUUCUCCGCGCCUCUCCUAGGGACUAUUAUUUGAAUGUGCAGUAUGUGAAACGGUUCCGCGACAGCGACCUCAUCACACUGCAGGAAAGUUACUGCCUCGCGAAUUUGGAGUCGGCCGCGGAGUUUUGGCUUUCGUACACCAACUCUUUACCAUGCCAAGGUCCGUCCAGCAGCCCCCCCACUCCACCAGCGACGAUUAUUGAGGAUCUCUUUCUCUCACCUGUCACCGCUGAUCCCCCAGGGCAACCCAUUGAAAAGGAUGAAGUGUACACCGUGCCGCAGCAAUUGGGGGCGUCAUCUAGGCAGCACUUGGCUCCACUUGUUGAAGAAGAAUCUCUUACCUUGGGGAAUGAGUUGAGUGUCGCAUUGGAUGGCGGGCAGGAGGGUAUCAACGUGGCGAAGUUGUUGUUGGAGGAGGGUAAAUCGUUUGACAACCUUACUGUGGUGGAGCUGCGUGCAAUUGUUGGGGAGGCACGGCUUUUGUUGGCUGAGAAACAUAAAUUGGCGCGGACUGUGAAGGAGUCGUCAGAGUGA